ACAGGUAAAGAAAUAUUUGUUCAGAUACAUAUUGCCAUUUAAUCAUGAGGUCCUUUUUAAUUGUGUUGUUCGUGGCUGUUGUUGGUAUUGCCGCCGAUAAGUAUACAACCAAGUAUGACAACGUUGAUUUGGAUGAAAUCGUCAAAAGUGAUCGUCUACUGAAAAACUACGUUAACUGUCUUUUGGAAAAAGGAAACUGCACCCCGGAUGGCGUUGAAUUAAAAAAGCAUCUUCCUGAUGCCCUACACACCGAAUGUUCCAAAUGCAGUGAAACCCAGAAAAAAGGCAGCAAAAAAAUUGUAAGACACCUUAUCGACAACAAACCCGAAUGGUGGAAGGAUUUGGAAGCCAAAUACGAUAAAGAAGGAACAUACAAAAAGAAAUACGAAGAAGAAAUUAAAGCUAAGAAAAAUUAGGAAAAUAUGUGUACUUAGUAAAAGAAAAUAAG